AUGUCUGAGGAGUUAGAACGUAGUGUUGACAGUGUGAAAUCUGACAGUCUACCUGUUUCGAACUCAAAUGGGUCAAAUAAUACUACAGAAACAAGACACAUGAAGGCACCACCACCAAGGCGAAACUCCAUGGCUAGUAAAUCCAAGGAUCGGUUCGAUAAAGAUGGUGUGUGGUCCGCCAUCGAUACGCUCGACGAUGUAAGGAAGAUGGCUGCUGAAAAUAAAGGUAAAGAUGUAUUCCCUGCGGGGUUUGAAGAAGAUUUAGACGUUUCAAGAGCCACUAAUGCAACACUAUUGCAUAUAAUCCGAAACAGAGCCGAACGUAUAGCUAAGGAUAUUAGAAUCAGCCGAGAAGAUAAUAAACAAGAUUCUAAGACAGAAGAAGAACCCGUGAAACGUAAAGGGCGUACUAAGAAUAAGGACAAGGACUUACUUUCGCGAUCAUUAUCUAAACUGAAUCUUGUUAACAUGGACAAGAAGGUUAUACCUGAAAACGACGAGUAUUUAUCUGUGAACCUCAGUAAACAUAACAUCUUCACCAAUAGUAAUAGUAGCAAUGAAAAUAGCGACGUAGAUAGUCAAACUUAUAGUGAUGCCAGCGAUGAGGUCGAUACCAAAACAGGCCAUUCAACCGCCAAACAGCCUCUCUAUAUCAGUGAUUAUACAGAUUAUCAAGCAAACAUCCAAAAGAUCGCGUGCGACGAAGAGACCUAUGUCUCAACCCUCAUUAGUACUGUUAGGGCAUCUUCCAAACGUGAACAGUGA